AUGACAAAUGAGACCUCUGCUUGUAACCAUACACGUUGUUCGUCCGUCGUUCGUUCCUGUAGAAAACCCUUUCCACUUCCAUUCCACCUCCCCAUUUUUAUGGCGGGAACAACUUCCCUUCUCUCACACCGUAUCCCCUGGAAAUCCCUAAAUUUGAAAAGAAUCCCAUCUCCGCCUCCGGUUCACAACAACAUGUGCUGGGUCGCGGCCAAGUCCGUCGCCUUCUCAUUUCCUCGGUGGUGCUCAAUCGGCCUUCACACCCGCUUCCUCCUCUCCCGUCGUCACUUUGCAUCCUCUACGCCAUGGCAGCCAAAGCAGGUCAACUGCUCCAAAGAAAGAAAGUCAACAAGCACCAAAUCAGCAAAAAAGGUGAGGGAACUAAAGGAUGAUCUUGAUGAGAAGAAUUAUCCUCACAUUAUAUGGUGGAAAGAGAAAAUGCAAACAUGUAUGAAGACAUCUUCUUCCCAAUUGGUAAAAAAACUUUCUUACUCUAAUCUUCUUGGUUUGGAUGAGAACCUGAAGAACGGAAGUUUAAAAGAAGGAACUCUUAAUUCCGAAGUUCUGAAAUUCAAGUCAAGGUUCCCACGUGAAGUUUUACUUUGUAGGGUUGGAGAGUUUUAUGAAGCUGUUGGAUUUGAUGCUUGUGUUCUUGUGGAAUAUGCUGGUUUAAACCCUAUGGGUGGUUUACGCUCUGAUAGCAUUCCAAAAGCUGGUUGCCCUGUUGUGAAUUUACGCCAAACAUUGGAUGAUUUGACACGUAAUGGGUUUUCAGUAUGCAUUGUGGAAGAAGUUCAAGGUCCAACUCAAGCACGUUCUCGUAAAAGCCGUUUUAUAUCAGGUCAUGCACAUCCUGGAAGUCCUUAUGUUUUUGGACUUGUUGAAGAUGAUCAUGAUCUUGAGUUUCCAGAGCCAAUGCCUGUUGUUGGAAUCUCACGUUGUGCAAAAGGGUAUUUCAUGGUUCAAGUGUUGGAAACUAUGAAGACUUUUUCUUCAGAGGAUGGUUUAACUGAAGAGGCAAUUGUUACAAAGCUUCGGACUUGUCAUUAUCAUCAUUUGUAUCUUCAUAAUUCAUUGAAGAACAAUUCUUCAGGGACUUCUAAUUGGAGAGAAUUUGGUGAAGGUGGAUUACUAUGGUCUGAAUGCAAUGGCAGACACUUUGAAUGGCUUGAAGGGGAUUUUGUUAAUGAGAUCUUAUUUAGGGUAAAAGAGCUAUAUGGCCUUGAUGAAAAGGUCACAUUUAGGAAUGUCACUGUUGCUUCAGAAAACAGGCCACGUUCAUUGCACCUUGGAACAGCUUCACAAAUUGGUGCUAUUCAGACUGAAGGAAUACCUUUUUUGUUAAAAAUUUUGCUACCCUCAAAUUGCACGGGGUUACCUGCUAUGUAUGUUAGAGAUCUUCUUCUAAAUCCUCCUGCUUAUGCAAUUGCAUCUACAAUUCAAGAGAUAUGCAAACUCAUGAGCAAUGUUUCAUGUUCAAUUCCUCAAUUUACUUGCAUCUCACCAUCAAAGCUUGUAAAGUUACUUGAGUUAAGGGAAGCAAAUCAUGUUGAGUUUUGCAAGAUAAAAAGUGUGCUUGAUGAGAUUUUGCAAUUGUAUAAAGACUCAGAGCUUCAUGGGAUACUCAGAUUAUUAAUGGACCCCACUUGGGUAUCAACCGGAUUGAAAAUCGGCUUUGAGACACUUGUGAAUGAAUGUGAAUCUAUCUCCCAUAGAAUUGGUGAACUUAUCUCUUUAGAUGGUGAAAAAGAUCAGAAAACAAGUUCAUAUCCAAACAUACCAAAUGAUUUUUUUGAAGAGAUGGAAUCUUCAUGGAAAAACCGUGUUAAAAAGAUCCAUCUAAAAGAAUCCUAUGAAGAGGUUGAUAAAGCUGCUGAAGCCUUAUCUUUAGCAGUUACAGAAGAUUUCCUUCCUAUAAUUUCAAGAAUAAAAGCUACCACAGCACCAUUUGGAGGUGUAAGAGGAGAAAUCACAUAUGCACGUGAGCAUAAAUCUGUUUGGUUUAAGGGAAAAAGAUUUGCCCCUUCUGUUUGGGCUAAUACCCCUGGAGAAGAACAAAUAAAACAACUCAAACCUUCUAUAGACUCAAAGGGUAGAAAAGUCGGAGAAGAAUGGUUCACCACAGUAAAGGUCGAAAAUGCCCUCACAAGGUACCAUGAAGCUGGUGCUAAUGCAAAGACAAUGGUGUUGGAAUUAUUAAGGGGACUUUCUACAGAAUUGCAAGAUAAAGUUAAUGUUCUCAUUUUUGCCUCCAUGUUGCUUGUCAUUGCAAAAGCAUUAUUUGCUCAUGUGAGUGAGGGGAAAAGGAGGAGAUGGGUGUUCCCUACUCUCAUUCAGUCCCAUGGUUCCAAGGAAAAGGGAGAAAUUGAUGGAAUGAAGAUAAGUGGUUUAUCACCCUAUUGGUUUGAUGCAGCUGAAGGAACUUUAUUUGGAAUAUGUGGAUUCAUGGUCCCUGCUGAGUCAGCAAUAAUUCCUCAAUUCGACUCCAUUAUGUUACACAUGAAAUCCUAUGAUAGCCCUUCUGAUGGAAAGAGCUCAUUCCAGAUUGAAAUGUCAGAAUUGCGUUCGAUUAUCACAGGAGCCACAUCAAACAGCCUUGUUCUUGUGGAUGAAAUCUGCAGAGGUACAGAAACAGCAAAAGGGACAUGUAUUGCUGGAAGUUUUAUUGAAACCCUGGAUUCAAUUGGUUGUUUAGGCAUAGUAUCAACUCACUUACAUGACAUUUUCAAAUUACCAUUGAACACAAACAACACAGUUUUCAAAGCAAUGGGAAGUGAAUUUGUCAAUGGUCAAACUAAACCCACAUGGAAGUUGACCAAUGGAAUAUGCACAGAAAGUCUUGCAUUUGAAACAGCUCAAAGAGAAGGUGUCCCUCAAACAAUCAUACAAAGAGCUCAAGAGCUUUAUGCCUCGGUUUACACACACAACAUCAAUUCAAACAAAACCUACAAUCACACAAUUCAAGAAUCAAUUCAAGAAUCAACAUCUUUUUCUUCUUCAAUUGUUAAUGAAUCAACAGAUCAAAUGGAUAAAAUUUUGAAGGAUUUGGAGAAAGCUGUGAGUUUGAUAUGUAAGAAAAGUAAAUCAGAAGUUUUGAUUAGAUGUGUUGUGAUUUCUCCUAGAAAACAACCACCUCCUUCAGUAAUUGGUGCUUCAAGUGUUUAUGUGAUUAUUAGGCCUGAUAAUAGGCUUUAUGUUGGAGAGACUGAUGAUCUUGAAGGAAGGGUUAGGGCACAUCGGGGAAAGCCAGGAAUGGAAAAUGCUUCUUUUUUGUAUUUCUUAGUUUCAGGGAAAAGUGUGGCUUGCCAGCUGGAAACAUUGUUGAUUAAUCGGCUGCCUAAACAUGGGUUUCAACUCACGAAUGUGGCUGAUGGAAAACAUAGGAACUUUGGUACUUGUGAUGUUUCUGUACAAGCUUGGAAAAUGUCCAAAUUUCAUGAAGAUUGGAGUUGA